AUUUCAUAUAUCUUCAGGAACGAGCAGAAAGUAAAAAGCAGAAAAAACUACGUGUCUUGAUAAAAUAUCGGGAUAAUAAUAUUAUAUCCAACAUUGAAGAACAUUGAAAUUACUGUAAUUUCGAAAUUUGGACACAUAGCCAUUCACGCAAAAUUCUAAUUAAAGUUUCCUGUCGCUUGCAAAGUUUUUGCAUAGUGGUAUAUAUUUGAGUUCACGGAGUGUUAUGAUUCCAAUUGCGAUAGUAGUUGGUUGCUUUAUCUGGGUCUCUUCUUUAUAUACAUUGCAGUUAGCUGAAAUUUGUGCAGACAUAAUUCAACAUUAACAUAUUUUUGGAGUCAAUCAGCCUGUUGGCUGUGCGUGCUACCAACAACAACAAUAUGCAACUAUUACUUUCGUCCAUAUGCCUGGCGCUGACCAGUGUCGUCAUCGGGAACGCCUACUACCAGAAAAAACAAUUUUACCCUGCUGUUGUAUACAUCACGAAAUCUAAUGCUUCAAUGGCCGUCAUUUAUAUACAGUUUUUCGUAAUAGUUUUCAUGUUUGGAAAAUUAUUGCGGAAGAUUUUCCUGGGCACAUUAAGAGCUGCUGAGUUUGAACAUCUUCUAGAACGUUUUUGGUAUGCUCUCACUGAGACUUGUCUUGCUUUCACUGUUUUUAGAGAUGACUUCAAUCCACGCUUUGUAGCACUGUUUACAGUGCUUUUGUUUUUAAAAUCAUUCCAUUGGCUGGCAGAAGAACGAGUAGACUUUAUGGAGCGUUCUCCGGUGUUGGGCUGGAUAUUUCAUGUACGUGUAGCGAGCCUUCUUAUUGUGUUGGGUAGUUUAGACUAUGUUUUACUUAUGCAUGCCUAUAACUCGACAUUAGUUCGCGGCCCAACGGUUCAAUUAGUAUUUGGUUUUGAAUAUGCUAUAUUGCUAACUGUCGUUGCCAGUACAGCUAUCAAAUAUGUUCUACAUGCUGCUGAAAUGCGAACCGACAUACCAUGGGAAAAUAAGGCCGUAUUUUUGUUGUAUACCGAAUUGGUUAUUGGUUUAUUUAAAGUAGUUCUGUAUGUACUCUUCGUUAUAAUAAUGGCCAAGAUAUACGCAUUACCGAUGUUUGUAUUUCGCCCGAUGUUCUUUACUAUACGAAACUUCAAGAAAGCACUAAUUGAUGUUAUUAUGUCGCGACGUGCCAUACGAAAUAUGAAUACACUUUAUCCCGAUGCCACUCCCGAGGAACUACGUCUUUCAGAUAACAUAUGUAUAAUUUGCAGGGAAGAUAUGGUUAACCAUUCUAAAAAAUUACCUUGUGGCCACAUUUUCCAUACCACUUGUUUACGUUCAUGGUUUCAACGUCAACAAACUUGUCCUACAUGUCGGCUUAAUAUAUUACGAGCCCCUAAUGCAAACUCUACUGCAAUGCCGAGACAAGAAGAUGUUGUUGGUGGUGCUGCUGUUCCCGGACAAGCUGGUGGUCCUGCUGCUCCCAGACAAGCUGCUGCACCUACUGUACCAAAUCAGUCAGAUGGCGUCGAAAGACCGCGCACCGAUCCCCCAGUACCGCCCACAAAUAUUCCGGGUUUGUUUAAUAACUUGGGUGCUAGUAGUGCGGAAACAAAUCCAUUACUAGGUGGCCUACCAACUUUUCCCACAGCAACAGCACCACUACCUAAUUUUCAAGGUAUGCCAAUGCCGCCUCCAUUUAUGAUGCCACCACCUUUUCCAUUCAUUGCACCAUAUGCAAUACCGCCACCCCCUAUGCCAUCGGAUUUGAGUUCUUUGAGCGAUGAUGAACUGAGAUUAUUGGAAGGAAAUGAACGUCGUAAUAUUGAAGAACGUAUUAAACUCCUACGUAAUAUUGAACUGAUGCUAAACGCCGCAGGAAUAUUGAUGAACAAUUACCAAAUUAUAACGGCGCGUCUACAGCCUUUACCAUCAGUUGAAGUAACAACGAAUUCGAACGGUACGACUAGUAAUAUAAACGACGGUCCAAGCACAUCAGCCGCUGCUCAAGCUGCUCUUGCUGCUAAUCAAUCACAAGGUGGCAAAGAUAAUGAUUCAUCAUCAGCAGUGAGAAAAAAUAUAGGUAGUGCAGAAAAUUCAGUAAAUCCUCCAUUAAAAAAGGUUAAUGAUGUAACAAUUGAAGAUAUAGGAGGUGAGGAGCACGACUAUAGUGUUAUACAAACUGGUAGUUACGUUGCACCAACGUCAUCAUCAUCACCUGUGCUUACGCCCAAAAGCGAUAUAAUUACUGAAACUACAAGUGCCACCGUCACAGCUGAGCAACCGGAGAAUGCUGAACUUAGUGAAAUAAGAAAAAGGCGUUUAAAAUUCCUCGAAGAACUGAGCAAGUCAACAGCGCAAAGUGCAGAAACAUCUCCUAACACUUCAAACGAUUAGAAAAGGAGCUUACAUUGUUUUAGUUUUGUUUUUAAUGAUUCUUGUUUAUUUGGGAAAUUAAUGGGCGGAAAAAGUAUUUGCUAUUGAAAAACUAAUAUGUAAAACGAACGUGGCAAAAUCAUGAGCUAUCUUGUAUUUAGUAACAUAAAUAAUAAAAAAAAGUAUAUACAUGCAUAAAGAAGACCUUAAA